AUGGCAAAGUGUGAUAGCUUCCUGAGCAUAUUCACUUCUAUUAGUUCGAGCUUUGAUGCUUGUCCUCAUUUACUCAAGAAAUGUAUCUUCUACCUCUCAAUUUUCCCUGAAAACAAAAUGAUCCGUAAAAGGCAUUUGGUGAGGCGGUGGAUAGCAGAAGGAUACUCCAAGGGCAUUGGUAGCUGUAGCUUGGAGAACGAUGCAGAGAAGCUCUUUAACAAGAUUGCUGAGCUUGGAAUGAUACAGCAAGCACAACAACCAAUUACUGAGACCGAUGUCAUCAGAAAGGUCUCGUGGCAGGUGAAUUGCUUGAUCCUCGAGUACAUCAUCUCGUGGCAAACAGAAGAGAAAGUUCUCCUUCCUCUGGAGGUCUCUGUAUUGGAAGGGAAGUGCAGCCUAACCACUGGACGUGUUGGCCAGCACCUGGCCAUUAGGAAGUGCUGGGGAGGAGACGAAUUUAUGUUCAACAGCAUGGACUUCUCCAGGUUACGUUCUUUGACUGUGUUUGAAAACUGGAAGCCAUUCUUCAUCUCCGAAAAGAUGAGGGUGCUUCGGGUGCUUGAUCUGGAAGGUACACCAAAUAUAAAAAAUGGUGACCUUGAUCAAAUCGGGGAUAUGAUACCUCGCCUCAAGUUCUUGUCACUAAGAAGAUGCACACCAAUCUCUCAGCUGCCGGAUUCCAUGGGUGAGCUUAGGCAGCUCCAGACUCUUGAUAUCAGAUACACCAAAAUAAUCACACUACCAAAAAGUAUUAUCAAUCUACGGAAGCUGCAGUAUAUUCGUGCUGGUGAGACCACACCCGGUCCCGAGGAGAUGAAUGAGGAGCCAUACAGGCCAAGGAGGACCAGGAUACUUCACACUCUGUUAUCCUAUUCCCCCAAGUCAAGCAGACGUGGAUCUCCUACUUGCCAUGGUAUCAAGGCUCCUAAGGGGAUCGGGAGGCUGACGAACUUGCACACAUUGGGUGUUGUAUAUGCCAAUAUUGCAGGUGGAGAGUCCAUUCUGAGAGAGCUCAGUUACCUUACCCAAUUGCGCAAGCUCAUAGUGUCUGGCAUCAAUGGCAACAAUAGCUGGGGUUUGUUUAACAUCAGCUGGCACGCUCUCACCAAUUUGACAUCCUUGUCAAUGGGGCUCACGAAAGGCAGUGACAAACACCUCCUGCAAUUCCUCGAGCUUCCGGAGAAACUACAGCGCCUUAAGCUCUAUGGGCAUGUAGCAAAGUUGCCAAAGCACAUCGGGAGACUGGACAAUCUCACCAAGUUGACUUUACAAAUGACAACCUUGUUUACAAUGGAGGACAUACAGGAGCUCGGGAAGCUAAAAAGGCUGCAUACCCUACGCCUUCGUUUUGUCGUCACAGAUAAUGAUAAUAGUGGUGAGAUCAAGUUUUGUGCCAAGGUGGAUGGUAGCUCUACCAGGGUGAGCUCUACAGCACCUGCCUUUUUUGAUGAACUGAAUACCCUUGAGAUUGCUUGCCGCUCCAGUAUACAUGUGAGCUUCCUUGACCAGAUGAUAAAGCUUGAGCAGCUGAAGGUUGACUGCAGUUACGGAUUGUCGUUGGACUUUACUGGACUAGAGCAUCUCAUUUCUCUCAACCAGGUAGUGCUUAAGGGUUCCCCUAGCGAUGGCUGCGACUGCGAUGCAUUCAAGGAAGCACUGAAGCAGAAGCUUGCCCAACAUCCGAAGCAACCGCCUUUGAAGCAGGAGCAGAAAUUCCGCCCAGGCCAGUAG